GCGCAGCGGAGCGGAGUAGGAGGGCCGGUGGAGAGACGCAGCCAUUCGCCCCCUCUGCUGUAGAAGUGAAACGGGCGCUGAGGUUGAGCUCCACAUUGUAGCUGCGGACAGCGCAGAGCUCAGACCUGCGGGGCAAGAAACUCGCCGAGGACUUUUAGGUUGGAGAGGAGGUCGAGAAGCUGCGUGCCGCGGCGCGUAAAGACGCACCGAAUUUACCCAAGACGCCGCCACAGAGAGGGACUCUCAACUCCAACACACGUUUUAUGUCAAUCUCCUGUCUCUUUUUCUCAUCUGUUGUUCCGUCGGAUUUUUCCACAAACAUUUUUAGAGUAAAGAUAGGGUGCCUCGGGACGCGUUUGUGCUUCAGUCCCCCCGCUCUUUCUUUAUGUCUUUUUCUCUCCAUGGAUUUAGCGCUGUGAGCGGCCGGCCGGAGUGGACUUUGUCCCAGGGAUCAGCUCCUUCCUCCGGUCACCAGGAGCCCAGCAGCUGUCGUUCAUGUUUCGGGGGGUUGUUUUGAUGGAUUUAUAAGCUCAACCCCCCCCCUCUCUCUUCUCAAGCGGAUCCACGCUUGUCGAGAAUCUCCCACAGACUCGUUUUGAACAGGAUACAGUGGAUACAGCACCAAAUGAGGAUUUCAGUAUUUACUGGUAUCGACAGGGACUGGGAGUGAUUGGCUUUUUUCCUGGUGCGAAAUCAAACCGGCCCCUGGUCUUGACUACGAGGACAGAGCAGGAGGAAAGGAUCCAGAUUCCGUGUCUUAGUGGGUUUCCUUCAGGUUGCCAAUGCCAGGGAUCGGGGUGUGAGGCCAACCCCAGGCUUCAACUUCUGAUUUAUUUCCUCUCACCUGAAGACACACACGCUUCACGUCCAGAAGAUGGCGAGGGUCUGCGCGCUCUGCGUACUCAUCCUCUGCCUCACAGAUGGAGUCUCAUCUAGAGCCAUCGAUGAAGGCCGAACCAAAGACCUACGGGUCUCCAGGCCUCUGAUCCUGCCCGGUUACCCAGAAAACACCACAGCGGUUUUAGGCGGCCAGGCGAAGCUUGUGUGUAAAGUGCACCGGCCGGCGUCCACAAGGGUCCAGUGGCUGAAGACGGAGGUCGGCGUCCCGGGGAGAAGCCAGGGAGUGCAGCCUCGCCUUAGGCCUCUAACGGCCCUGCAGAGCAACGCCUCCAAGCUGAACACUCUCCAUCUGUCCAACAUCACCAUGGAGGAUGCAGGAGAGUACAUCUGCAUGGCGGAGACCACGCACGCAGGGCAGACGGUGCAGGCCAUGCAGUCUGCGUGGCUUGAAGUCCUGCCGGGUACCAUCAUUUCCCGAACUGUGGACCUGACAGCUGCUGAAAUCCCUGCAGAUGUCCUUGAGGACCUGAGUGAGGACACCACAGAGCACCUGCUGCUGGAGCCGGGCGACGUCCUGAAGCUGCGCUGUGACAUGACCGGCCGGCCGGGUGUGGCAGUCAACUGGUACAAGGAGGGAACCCGGGUCCUGCACACACCCCGCAUCCAGAUCCGCGGUGCCAUCAUGGAGAUCACCGACGUGACCUACGAGGACUCGGGCGUCUACGUUUGUGUUCUGCGCGGCUCCAAGGAACCGCUGAGGAACUUCACCAUCACCGUGGCCGACUCGUUGGGGUCGGGGGACGAUGACGAAGACAACGGCCUGGAAGAUGCAUCAGCCGAGAUCGAGAAUGACCAGGUUUACUUCUCGAGAGGUCCCUACUGGACCCACACCCAGAGGAUGGAGAAGAAGCUGUACGCUGUGCCUGCGGGUAACACGGUGAAGUUUCGCUGCCCGGCCAUGGGCAGCCCCAUGCCCAGCAUCCGCUGGCUCAAAAACGGACGUGAAUUCAGAGGGGAGCACCGCAUUGGAGGUAUCAAGCUGAGACACCAGCACUGGAGUCUGGUGAUGGAGAGCGUGGUGCCCUCAGACAGAGGAAACUACACCUGUGUGGUGGAGAACAAAUAUGGCUCCAUCACUCACAGCUACCUGCUGGACGUCCUGGAGCGCUCACCUCACAGGCCCAUCCUGCAGGCCGGCCUACCAUCCAACACCACGGCGGUGGUGGGCAGCGACGUCCAGUUCUACUGUAAAGUCUACAGCGACGCCCAGCCUCACAUCCAGUGGCUCAAACAUAUUGAGAGGAACGGCAGUCGCUACGGUCCUGAUGGGACACCCUAUGUUCAGAUCCUCAAGACUGGCAGCCUGAACAUGUCCGAGGUGGAGGUGCUCUACCUGUCCAAAGUCACCAUGGAGGAUGCCGGAGAAUACACAUGUCUGGCCGGAAAUUCAAUCGGCUUCUCCUACCAGUCGGCCUGGCUCACCGUCCUCUCAGAGGAAGAAGCGGCGGACGAUAUGGACACCAUGGAGACCAAGUACACCGACAUCAUCAUCUACGCCUGUGGCUUCCUGGCCCUCAUCAUGGCCAUCGUCAUCGUGGUGUUGUGUCGGAUGCAGGUUCACCCCAGCAGGGAGCCGUUCGACGUCCUUCCUGUCCAGAAGCUCUCCAAAUUUCCUCUUCGCAGACAGUACUCAGUGGAGUCCAACUCGUCGGGGAAGUCGAGUGCAUCACUAAUGCGGGUGGCUCGCCUCUCCUCCAGCUGCUCUCCCAUGCUGGCUGGAGUCAUGGAGUUUGAAUUGCCCUAUGACCCUGACUGGGAGUUCCCCCGAGAAAAUUUAAUGCUGGGUAAACCUCUGGGAGAAGGCUGCUUCGGUCAGGUGGUCAGAGCUGAGGCCUACGGCAUCAACAAGGACUGCCCAGACCAGGCAACCACUGUGGCUGUCAAGAUGCUCAAAGAUGAUGCCACAGACAAAGACCUUGCAGACCUUAUCUCGGAGAUGGAGCUGAUGAAGGUGAUGGACAAACACAAGAACAUCAUCAACCUGCUGGGAGUCUGCACACAGGAUGGUCCCCUGUACGUGCUGGUGGAGUAUGCAUCCAAAGGCAGUCUGAGGGAGUACCUGCGGGCCCGCCGUCCUCCAGGCAUGGACUACACCUUUGAUGUGACCAAGGUGCCCGAGGAGCAGCUCACCUUCAAAGACUUGCUGUCCUGCGCCUACCAGGUGGCAAGAGGAAUGGAGUACCUGGCCUCUAAAAGGUGCAUCCACAGAGAUUUGGCAGCCAGAAACGUUCUGGUGACUGAGGACAACGUGAUGAAAAUCGCUGACUUUGGCCUGGCCAGAGGGGUCCACCAGAUCGACUAUUACAAGAAAACCACCAAUGGACGGCUGCCAGUGAAGUGGAUGGCACCAGAGGCCCUGUUCGACAGAGUCUACACACACCAGAGCGACGUGUGGUCGUUUGGCGUGCUGAUGUGGGAGAUCUUCACCCUGGGCGGCUCACCGUACCCCGGCAUCCCUGUGGAGGAGCUCUUCAAGCUGCUGAAGGAAGGACACCGCAUGGACAAACCCUCCAACUGCACACACGAACUCUACAUGAAGAUGCGUGAGUGCUGGCACGCUGUUCCGACCCAGAGACCGACCUUCAAACAGCUGGUGGAGGAGCUGGACAGAGUGCUGCUGUCUGUCUCUGACGAGUACCUGGACCUGUCCACACCGUUCGAGCAGUAUUCCCCGUCGUGCGAGGACACGUCCAGCUCCUGUUCCUCCGACAACGACUCCGUUUUCACCCACGACGCCUUGUCCACCGACCCCUGCCUCCUGGGCUACCAGGACGUACGCUCCCGAAUAGACAUGAAGGCGGCGCUCCGAUAAACACACACACACACACACACAACGAGCACACACACACGCACACACACUGCCACACACACAUACAUUCACACGUCUCAGAAUGAAAUAAAAGCUGAGAUGAACACAUGAACACACACACAGAGGGCUUUCGCAUGAUGUUGAACAUACGCUGGCGGCCAUUUUGGAGGUCCAUCGCUGACGUUUCAUCAGUUACAGCGAAUCUAAAGGGUACUAGUCACAUGGGGAUUGAUUCUUUUAACACUGAGUUUGUGUUUUUAGGUAAUGUCAGUCUUAUUUGCACACCAGCUAAUGUGCGUAGAGGCUAAUAUUAGGUAGCUAGCAGUUAUAUUACCAUGAACAUUGGUUGGUGUGUUGAAUUAGCUCGCAGGCUAGUUAGCUCGCUAAUUAGCCAGAGGGCUUGUUAGCUAAGUAGCCUGCUAACAGCGGACUCACAACUAUUUUUCAGAAAGCUCGGUGUUUUUAACCAAUUUUUUUUAAAAAAUAUAUACAUUUAGUGAUUAUAUAAGUACAACAACAGCAAUAUUUCCCUGGACCUCCAUGAUGGUGCCAGAGAAAGCCGCUCUAUGUAGCUGUACAUGAACAUACACAUAUAAUUAUGCGUACAUGAACACUCAUAUGCACGUGGAGCACUGGGGCCGCUGGGCUUCAUCUGGUGAUGGAAGUUUGUCGAAACACGCUUGAUCGUGGGAAGGAGGAGGAGAAGAAAGGAAGAAAAACAAGACCAUGGUACUUGAGACUAUCAGCUCUGGCACUGGGCCCGAGAGCAGCUCUGGUUGGCAAACGGUGGCACUAACGCAGCAGGAGAGCCUGGCACCUGCUCCCGCCAGGCCCCGUCCUCGCUUCGUCUCCCUGUCCUCGCCUCGCCGUCUCCGCCGAGAGGGACGGACGGACGGCCGACGGACGAGCAUCUCCUCAAACAAACUCAGCCGAGACCCCAAACCGGGGCUUGAAACCUAGAAGAUAAAGACAUUUUAACAAACAAACAAAAAAAAAAAAGAUUUAUUUUGAUAUGUUAAAAAAAAGAAGAAAGUGAUUGUUAAAUAUAAAUCUCUCUCUAUAUAAGAUUAUUUUACUUAUUUUUUGUUGCUUAUUUAAAAAAACAAACAAACAAACAAACAAACAAAAAAAAAAAAAACGGUCUUAAAUCUCAGGAUCUCUCGUGCUAAGAAGUUGCUGUAUAGGCAGCAAAGUGCCUGAAUUUGAUUUCCUGUGAAUAUAUUAGAAUAUUGAAAUAUUGUAUGUACAUAUCAACAGCAAAAAGACAAUUGCCUUUUUAUAUAUAAAUUAUUCUAAAUGACAUGAAAAUGAAGGUGUUAUUGGAGGUGAAAAAAGAAGAUAAUGUAAUUUCGUUUUCAGCUGCCAAACGGUCCACAGCUCUCACUGUCUUCAUUUUGGCGUCACAUAAUGAAAUGACCAGUUUGAAAUACUGAAAAAUAUUUUUACAAUGAUCACACCAAAUGACUGAAUUUUGCAAAGCUAGCUUAAAAUAUGGCUCUUACUUUGGAAAUCCUGGCAUGUUGUCAUGAUUUGGUACAUUAUUCUGGCCUUAAGCUGCUGUGCUUACCCCCCCAAGGACCACUGUGCCAAAUGCCGUUGUAGGACAAAAACACACACCUGCAAAAAAAAAAAAAAAUCAAAAGAAUUCAUAUUUUCUUAUUAAUGACCAUGUAUUUCUCAGCUCAUGUAAGUGAUUUGGAGCAGGUUUCGCCAGCCUGAGAGUCACUACAGACGUCAACGGCCAUGCAAACCAUCACGUGAAGGCAAAAUGUUGUUGUCGUUAACGUUAUCGUCGCCCGACAAGAGCCUCAUGCUUCUGAUUGUUUGCCUACGCGGCUUCACUGUAAGAGACAGUGUGGCCGGGGUGGGACUCGCUCUGAGAGGACAAAAUGACGAUUGGGCAUGGGGUGGGACUCGGUGGGGAGCUGGCCCGGGCCCACUGUCGCUGCUGACAAGGCGGUGGGGG